AUGGUGGUGGUUGACCCGAAUUUGUUUGCGAGGACCGAACGGCUGCUGUUGCGACCGUUGCGCCUCGAAGAUGCAGAGGAUAUAUUGUUGAUGCGGAAGCAUCCGGAGGUUAUGAUGCAUACUUCUAUUCUCCCUUCGGAUGAUCUUGAGGGUGCGAAAGCAUGGAUACAAGGUUGCCACCAGGUUGAAGGGAACUGGAACUUCGCAAUCGUCCUCCUAGCGCCACACGAAGGCCCCGAUGUCAUCGGACUGAUCGGAGCAGUCCGCGCCCCAGAGAUCGGCUACAUGUUCAAUGCCUCGUACUGGGGCCAUGGGUAUGCUACCGAAGCGUUGCGCGCAUUUAUGCCAUUGUUCUUUGAGCAUUACUCGGGACGCGACUUGGCAAAUUACAUGCCGGAAGUCCUCGGACGAGCCGCACACAAUGGAAAUACAAAGGAUGAGCAUGUAGAAGGCGAUGACAGGAUCAUCAGGAACAGGCUUGCGCCGAGAUACGACUAUGCAGAGGCACAUACCGAUACCGAGCUGGCAUCUAGUCAGAAUGUCUUGGAGAAAGUUGGUUUCAAGCUACACGAGAAGAGGGAGAAUGACUUUGACAAUCCUGUCCUGGGAUUGCGGUCGACUUAUAUUUACAGGAUGUACAGAACUGCUGCUGAAGCAAAGCUUCCUAGGUAG